GGCCUAACAAUGUUCCCUGUCUUCUGUAAACUGUUAAUGCUUUGGAGCAAAUAGUGAGGCUCUGAAACCAGAGCUGUUCCCGGGAUACUCUGAUAUCCCACUGGGUAGGGGAAGAGUUGUUGCUCUGGGCCCGUGAGCUCUUGAGGUUGUGUUGCUGGUUGAUUGUUUUGGUCCUCUCUCCUCUUGAACAGGAACCAUGCCCAAGGAAGGAGGGAAGCAUGCUGAAAUGGGAAAAGAAACACAGGCACAGUGUAAACGAGCAAAGCUGGAAGCAGCUUGUUCAGUCCUGAGUUUUGAGAACCCAGACAGCCUCUUCGGGAGCUUGAUCUCCCCCAUCAAAGGAGAGGUGUUUUUCAAGGAGUACUGGGAGCAAAAGCCACUGCUCGUGCAGAGCAAUGAUCCCCUGGUGGCUGCUUACUCCCUGUCCCUGUUCCAGCUGUCAGACUUGAAGGAGCUGUGCAGCCAGGGCCUGUACUAUGGGCGAGAUGGGAAUAUCUGCAGGUGUGUGAAUGGAGAGAAGAAGGUUUUAAAUAAAGAAGGCAAAGUGAAUUACAUGCAGCUGAAGAAGGAUUUUGACCAGAAAAAGGCAACAAUACAGUUUCAUCAGCCUCAGAGAUUUAAGGAGGAGCUGUGGAAGAUUCAGGAGAAGCUGGAGUGCUGCUUUGGGUCUCUGGUGGGGUCCAAUGUUUCCAUCACUGCCCAGGGAUCCCAGGGCCUUCCUCCUCACUAUGAUGAUGUUGAGCCAGGUGACUUACUGUACUUCCCAAGAGGGACCAUCCACCAAGCUGACACUCCUCUUGGGACCUCCCAUUCCACACACGUGACCAUCAGUACCUACCAAAACAACUCUUGGGGAGAUUUCUUACUGGAUGCAGUUCCUGGCCUGGUGUUUGACACAGCAAAAGAUGACGUGGCGCUGCGGACGAGCAUCCCGAGGCAACUGCUGAUGGAUGAAAUUCGCAGGGAGAUGGUUUAUGUGUAUCAUUCCUUAAGGAACAGGAGAGACACUCCCAUGGUGGGGACAGAUGACACUGCCAGUGAGGAUGGCACGGCCCAGGUUUGUUCCUGCAGACACACCAAAAAUUAUCUUUCCAUGGUGGGUUUUGCUGCAUGAGAUGAGCUUGCCCCAAAUGGCAGCAGGGCCUGGGUUCUGCCGUGAUCCUCAGCACCCAGAGCCUUUCUGCCCAGCCCUGCAGUGCCCAGAUGAGCUGAGGCUGCACCACAGAGGCAGUUUAACAGUGGAACUGAGCAAUGUGAUCUCAUGCUUAAUUAAACACUCGAGAUGUUAACAGGAUUUCUGGUGCAUGCCUUAUGGCCCAGGGAGCAAAGCUACUGGAGCAACUAAAAGCAGUUCUUACUGGUGUGUCCUUAGCACAUCCUCUACUGAGGCUACUGGAUAGGCCAGCAGAUAUUCCCUAGGGAUCACUGCCAUGCUAAACUGUAAGGGGGGUACUUUUGAAUUAGAUGAUCAAUGGAGCAUAGAGGCGUGAGAACGGAAUCAUAUUAGGAUGUGAAA